AAAAUGGAUGAAGAUUAAGAUGUAUUUACUUGAUUUUGUAAGUCUUAGCAUUUUGUGGAGGACGAUGGAAGUGAUGACGACAAGUUCGAAGAGACAUGGAAGAAACAAUAUGAAGUAAACGAGUUGUUAAAUACUUUGUAAUAGAUACUUCCAAAAAAGUAGGACAAAAGACCUGAAUCCAAGCAUGGAAGACCUGAGAGUUCCAAAUUUACUUAGAAAAAGUAAAGUUUGAACGAUAACACCAUACCGAUUUCUGUUGCCUUACAAAAAUUCAAUUAGUUAGUUACAUUUAACAAUAUUAAAAUUGAACAAUUUUGGAAGUCAGAUUCAGUCAAUGCCUCUCCAGAAGAGUUUGUAACAUUUCUUGGUUAGGCAGGUUUCCAUAUCUCCUAAAUUUAAUUAGGUUUCACUUUCACACAAGAAGAAAUCAAUCAAGUGUUGAGCGAUUUAGAAAAUGAAUUCGGAAAAAUCACUAUUGAAAAUAUCUGUAAAAAGGUUUAAGCUUGGAAUUCCAAUGAAAGUACCUCAUUUUUUAACUUAACUUAGACACUAUGCUUGAAUUCAUUAAAGAGAAAGCCUUGCACAUGGCAUAAGCAAGCAAAAGAAAAUUCUCAGCCCAAAAGAAAAGCAAACCCCAAUCUGCUUCUGCCACAAGAACUGCUCCCAAAGAUUUCAGACCUAUCAGUGGUAUCUCUUACAAGAGUAAACAAUCAGGAUUUACUGAAUUCAAAAUGUAACUCAUAUUACCUAAUAUCAAAGUGGUGAAGAGAGACCAGUCCAAAAUCUCUCCAAGUAUUAUCUUUAGAAAGCCAAAGAGAGAGAAAAAGAAAUGGAUAGGUUACUUCAAUUAACCAUUUCUAAAGGGAAAAACGAAUACGAAUAUGAGAUGCUUAUUAAAAUGGGAGAGGCCAAUGAAUUAUCAUAAUUGCUAGAGAGCAAAAUCACCUAUCGAGCAUACAAAUCAGCAUAAGGGAAUCUCAAGGUUCAUAUGUACGAACUGGAUCGAUUCAAUAAAGACAUGACAUUAGAGGAGUUCUAAAGAGAAUACAAUAUGAUAAAGAAUAAAUAUAAUGAGAGAAGAAAUCUCAAAAUAUGGGAAGUGCUGUCAGAGAAUAAAAAGAGUCAAAAGAGCUUGUAACAUUUUGGCACUUAGAAGGACGAGAUUCAAUAGGAUUCUUAGAAUUAACAUCAAUCAAAGGUUAUUAAUAAAAAGGAAAGACAAUCUGAAUUAAAGAAGGUUCUUUUAGAAACUAUGAUGUUGACAAAUGUAUUGAAGGAGUAGUUGUCUGUGCUCUAAAAGAAAGGUAUAGUGAUUUAAUAACCCUCGAUGUGA